AUGAAAAAUCAUAUAUUGAAUUUAUUUCUACCCAUACUGAUCAUUUUGUAUGGGACCGAUGGAAAAGUUUUCCGAGUCAGCAAAAUGGAGUGCCGAUCUUUGGAUCCUUCGUUCACAUAUUUUGAAACUUGUAAAUUGACGCGCAGGGAAAAUGGGCGAUCCUCUCUUUAUGUCAACCAGGUGAUACUCUAUAAAGAUCCUAUUAAUGACAUCAUUUUCAACCUGGGAGGUUUCAAAACAGUCAAAAAUCGUCGCUUUCAAUUUCUAAACGAGACCUUGGACUACUGUGUUUUAGGACAACUGCUUUUAGCCAAUAGAUAUUUUAGAUUUCUGAUGACGCCGUUGAUGAGAUUUUCGAAUAUAAACGGCACCUGUCCUAUUCAGCAACACAUAAUUGUCAACGGUUUUUCUGUCGAUGAAAACACAGUUAAGGAGAUUCCAAUCCCGAACGGUGUUUAUAUGUUUCAAUUGCGAACAUCUUUGAUGAAAAAAUGGAGAACGGUCAUAAGAGUCUAUGCCACUCGAGUUGACAAAUAUUCUGAGUAA